AUGGAUCCUUCCUUGUAUGAGGCGGCAAUGUGGGGUGAUACUGGUUUCUUUACAAGAACCGGGGGUAACGGCGAUGAAUUAAUUGAUCUCCUCCAUCAGAAAACACCUAAAGACAACAAUGUUCUUCAUAUUGCAGCCGAAUACAAGCAAAAUAAAUUCUUCGAAGAAAUCCCGCUUGAUAGUCAAUCACCGUUGUUUUGGGCCACCAACAAGAAAGGCGAAACUCCCCUGCUUAUUGCUGCCAGAGUAGGCUGCUCUGAAGUAGCUGAGUUCCUCAUUAAUCACGCCAAAACGCUGCACUUUCAAGAAGCUGAUCAGGAGAGCGGCCCAUCUGACGGUGAAGCUCAUAAAAAGUUACUCCGAAUGACUAAUUUUGACAAGGAUACGGCAUUGCAUGCUGCUGCUCGAUAUGGACACGAUGGAGUGGCAAACCUCCUAAUUGAAGCUGACCCUCAAUUGUGUUGUUUUACUAAUAGCGCAAAUGAGUCGCCCUUGUUCUUAGCUGUUUCCCAUGGCUUUCAACUCAUAGCUGGUUCUAUCCUAAAUUGUCCAGUAUCCCCUUCCUUUCAAGGGAUCAACGGCGUGACAGCUUUACAUGCAGCGGUUACUCACACAGACGAAGAAGCAAACGGCAUUGUGGCGCUUAUGGUAUCCAAAAAUCCUGAUAUAAUCAAAGAAGUUGACGCACUUGGGUGGACUCCCUUACACUAUGCAGCAUUUAAAGGGAACCUUGAAGCAGUUCGAGUGUUGAUGCAAUGUGAUAGCUCUGCUUGUUACAUCUUGGACAAAUCAGGAAUGUCGGCUCUCCAUGUCGCGGCCUAUGCAGGCCACCCAAAAAUAACGGAUGAUUUGAUUCGAUGUCGGCCUGAUACUUGUGAUUUGCUCAGUGCCAAAGGCCAAACGGUUCUUCACUCUGCAGUUUUGGGUGGACAAACAAAUGUAAUUAAGUACGUAUUGAAGACACCUAAGCUUGAAAGGCUUAUAAAUGAAGCGGAUGAAGAUGGAAACACUCCUUUGCAUUUGGCCGUCUUUCACAAAAAAUGGAAGAGUGCACAAAUUUUAAGUGGGGAUGACAGGGUGCAUAUGUCUGCUAUCAAUAAGGAGUUGUCAAAGGCUGUUGAUAUUGCUGUUGACAAUAUUGGAAAGAAGGUAAGAAACACUGACAAAUACAAUGAAUUUUAAAGAUACUAAUCAGUA